AUGGAAAUGGCUACGGCGAAGGGGGCGCAGGACGGGCCUGGCGCCCCGGCGGAGUGGCGGGUGACGGUGCCGGAGGGCGCGUCGGUGGCGGUGGAGCACGAGGCCAGCCGGCGGGGCGCGCGGAGGUGGGCGGCGUGGCUAGCCUCGCGCGCGCUCGCGUUCAGGGCCAUGGUGCUCGGGCUCGGCGGGCGGGUCUGGACGAUCGGCGCCGACGACCCCAGGCGGGCGGUGCACGGCCUCAAGGUGGGGCUCGCCCUCGCCCUGGUCUCCGUGUUCUACUACACCAGGCCCCUCUACGACGGCGUCGGCGGCGCGGCCAUGUGGGCCGUACUGACGGUCGUCGUCGUCUUGGAGUACACCGUCGGUGGCUGCGUGUACAAGGGGUUGAACCGAGCCAUCGCCACGGCCAGCGCCGCCGUGAUCGCGCUUGGCGUGCACUGGAUCGCCAGCAAGUCCGGCGACAAGUUCGAGCCCUUCAUCCGCAGUGGCUCCGUCUUUCUGCUUGGUACGUACGUUAUGACUAACACACCGCGAAAACUUGCAGCGGCCAUGGCGACGUUCUCGCGCUUCAUCCCGACGGUGAAGGCGCGGUUCGACUACGGCGUCACCAUAUUCAUCCUCACCUACAGCCUGGUGGCGGUGUCGGGGUACCGCGUGGGCGCGCUGGCGGCCAUGGCGCAGCAGCGGGUGUGGACCAUCUCCAUCGGCGUCUCCAUCUGCUUCGCCACCUGCGCGCUCAUCCGCCCCGUGUGGGCCGGCCAGGAGCUGCACCGCGCCACCGCGCGCAACAUGGACAGGCUCGCCGGCGCCGUCGAGGCCUGCGUCGAGGACUACUUUGCCGCCGAGGCCAGCGGCGGCAGCAAGCAGCCGUCCUCCAAGGCCGAGGGGUACAGGUGCGUGCUCAACUACAAGGCGUCCGAGGACUCGCAGGCCAACCUGGCGCGGUGGGAGCCCCCGCACGGCAGGUUCGGCUUCCGGCACCCGUACGGCCAGUACAGGAACGUCGGCGCCGCCAUGCGCCACUGCGCCUACUGCGUGGAGGCCCUGGCCGGCUGCGUCCGCUCGGCGGAGACCCAGGCGGCGGCGCCCGGGCUCGCCAGGCGGCACCUCGCCGACGCGUGCACGCGGGUGGCGGCGCUGUGCGCCAGUGUGCUCAGGGAGGCGUCGGGCUCUGUCAGCGCGAUGACCACGUCGAAGAUCCUGGGCCUCGCCGUGGCGGACAUGAACGCCGCCGUGCAGGAGCUGCAGGCCGACAUGAGGGCGCUCCCGUCCGCGCUGCUGCUGGCCGAGGCGGGGCCGGCGGAGCCCGCGGCGUCUACGGUGCCGCUGACCAUGGACGCGGCGCAGCUGUUCACUGUCACCUCGCUGCUGAUUGAGGUGUCCGCCAGGAUCGAGGGCGUUGUGGACGCCGUCAACACGCUGGCGAGCCUCGCGAACUUCAAGUCGUCGGCAGAUGACGAAAAGUCGUCGGGAGGGAACCGGACGAUGAAGGCGCCUGAACAAGCUUGAUCAGUCAGGUUCUGACUUCUGACCACAAAUUCAACGAGACUCGAAUAUGACUCGAGCCGGCUGAACGGGCAGAUGAGGUUCGCGGGUUUGACAAUGCAGUAACAUCCUCUAAGGCCUUGUUUGGAAACAUGGUAAUCCCCUCUAAUCCAUAUGUUUUGGGAGGAGUUCAAGUACUAGUUACUUCAUCUGUAACUCCAAACCAUAUGUAUUUAGGAGGGGACUGAUUGCCUGAUUUAUCCAAACAAGCCCUAAAGGAGCCCUCAAUUUCCCGACCUAUCCAAACAAGCCCUACCUCGAGGGAUCAAGGAAUGAAGGCGAUUGGGGAAUAAAAGGUUGCCUUGUCGGACCAGUUAUGAAUCCUCGAUUAUCUCUUAUCUGCCACGGAGAGGUUGAGGAGCAUAGCACCAUGGUUCAUGGCGAAUAAACCUUCUGCUUUGUUUAUCAUGACUCGAGAUCGGCAGCAUAUCAUUUCUUUCAUGUUGUGCAUAUGCAAAACAAACUGAAAGUUGGUA